AUGGCCGAUGUUGAGAAGAAGGCCCGUCUGUCGGGUGAACAGACUAGAGUCCAUGAGCCAGCCCCUGCUUCCUCAGCGAGCAUCCUCCCAACGACAGAAAAGCCUCAGCCUCCUAAACCCUCACUGCACCCGUCCUUCUACGUAAUAACAUGGAUUGGCUUUAGCGGAGGUGUGAUUCUGUUCAAUAAAUGGUUGUUGGAUACACUUGGAUUCAAAUUUCCCAUCACUUUAACGGCAUGGCACAUGCUCUUUGCAACAUUCAUGACACAGCUACUGGCGAAAACCACGACCCUCCUUGACGGCCGGAAAACCGUCAAAAUGACCGGCAAGGCAUGUAUGCCGGUUGCGGUUCUGCUGACCACUUGGGCCAUGGGUGUUUCCCCUCCGAGUUUGAAGACCUUGGGCAACGUCUCAUUCAUCGUUAUCGGCGUGGUCAUUGCCUCGUAUGGCGCGAUCGAAUUCAACUUGACCGGUUUCAUGUACCAGGCUGGUGGUAUCACUUUCGAGGCCACCCGUUUGGUCCUGGUCCAGCGUCUCCUCAGUUCGGCUGAGUUCAAGAUGGAUCCCUUGGUAUCCCUUUACUACUUUGCGCCCGUAUGCGCCGUCAUGAACGGUGUGACCGCCCUUUUGAUCGAGAUACCCAAAAUGAGCAUGCAAAACGUCUAUGAUGUCGGCAUUUUCAUGCUAGUGGCUAAUGCGAUGGUCGCGUUCCUCCUGAACGUCUCCGUUGUAUUCCUCAUUGGAAAGACGUCGUCACUGGUCCUCACUCUCUGUGGUAUUCUCAAGGAUAUCCUGCUCGUGGCCGCUUCCAUGAUGAUCUGGGGCACCCCCGUCACCAAGACCCAGUUCUUCGGCUAUUCGAUCGCUCUUGGUGGUCUUCUGUACUACCGACUGGGAGCGGAGCAACUGAAGCAAUACGUGGGCCAAGCUGGUCGAUCGUGGUCCGAAUUUGGGGUCCAGAAGCCCGCAAUGCGAAAGGCACUUAUCUUUGCACUCGUCCUCCUCACCAUCUUCCUUCUCCUUGGAGGAUUGGCCCCAACAUACGCGUCUGCACAGACGAAGAACCUGAAAGACAUGUUCAGCACCGGUCUUGGGUCAUGA